UAUCAGUUCGCUCUCGGAGCCCGACAAGAUCGGGUCGCCCUCGACGUUUUCGUAUUGUUUAAACGUAUCUGAUUAACGAACGUCAAUUAUCGUCCCCGAUUUGUUUAUUAUUGUGCCUCCAUUUUUUUUUUUCUUUUCUCCUCGUCAAUUUCUCUGCCGCCUCGCAGUCGUCGUAAUAUUGCUUCGAUAAACAGAAAUCAAAAAAAAAAAAAAAAUCACCAUUUCAAUCGCAUUAAACAAAUUAAAACCGCGUUGUAUGUCGUUAUCGUAUGCACCGUUAUACGACAAUCGUGUAUAUAAAUUAUUAGUAUAAAAAUUGCAAAAAACAAGUCAUUAUAAUUUGUAAAGCAAAUCGAAUAAUUUCGACGUUGAUUGGUUUUUCUACGUUUCUUUAUCUUCCAUUUUCGAAAUUUGUAUCUCUGUAUUAUUUGUUUCUUUAUUUAUUUAUUCUUUCUUUUUUUCUUCUCCUUUUUCUUUUUAUAUUUUCACACACGCGCGAUAUAUCUUUGUAAAAAUGUUCGACAUCGAAACGUGGACGAUUUUUUACGUGGAAUUUUUUAUUUUCAACAAUAUAAUUAAGUAAAAAGAAAAACGGAAAUUGAAUCGAAUCGAAUCGACUUUAAAAAAAAAAAAUCAAAAAAGAAAAAAAACUCAACGACGCUUUGCUAAAUAGAAAAUCGAAAAAUCCCGCGUGAAAUCACAAGUUCGGUAUAUAUACAUAUAUAUAUGUCCGUAUAACAUAUAUUUAUAGUAAAAUACACAAAUUUUCCUAUGUUUUCACACUUGCCCGGUAAUAUAAUGGCGAACUUGUAAAAAUAAACCGUUUAUUUGAUUUUGUUAUAAAUUUUGUCGGAAAAGAUAUUUGGAAUUUUUCUACUUCGACUCGACUGAUUCUUUCUUCCUCGUUUCAUUUUUCGUCUUUACAUUUUUCAAUUCUUUUUCCUUUCCUUUUUCGUAUCGAGAAAACGUACGGAUAUUUUGUUAUUGUAAAAUUGGAAUAUCGAACGUUCCGAAUUAUUAUUAUCGUCAUUGUUGUUGUUAUCGUUAUUUAUACGGUUAUUAGUUCGUCACGUGAUUACCACGUGCUUUUACCAACAUAAAUUCCGAAAGGGACGAUAAAAAGAAAAAGGAGAAAAAACGGAUGAGUUGAUGUCAAUUAAAUGAAAAUCGAACAAGUAUACAAGCUGUAUAAAAACUGAUCGAUAAAUAAAUUGAUUAAAUAAAAUAGGUAAAUGAUCUAAUUGCAGAUAAAUCGAUAUGAUCGUUUAGUUGUUUUUUUUUUUCUUUUGGGAAAAUCGAAGGACGUCAAAGUAAGAGAGAAAAAGAGAAAAAAAAACGAGACAAAUAAAGAAAAAGUUGUAAAGUUUUUCUAAACACACAUAUAUAUAUAUGUAUUCAUAAUCGUACCAAUAAUUAUAAUUGCAACAUACAUAAGCCGGUUUGUAUAUAAGUUUUCAACAUGUGUGGCUAUCGUUACCAGUGAUUGACAAAAUAUACAAAGAUAUAACAUACAACAUACCAACCCACAUAGGUGUAUGAUAUCGCACGCGUAGAGACGCACGUAAAUUAUUCAAGAUGCUGGAGUACUGGAUGGCAAAUAACGCCUCCUGGGCAAAUACUACCGAGGAAAUCGAAGAGGUGUUGGAAGACCCAUCUACGGCCACGUUGUUCAACGGUUAUCCGCCAUCUUUGUUAUAUUUCGCCGCCGGAUGUUGCGUACUGUUCAUGCUAAUUGGAAUACCUGGAAAUUUAAUAACGGUCGCAGCUCUAUUUCGUACGAAAAAGCUUCGAAACGCAACCGCCGUGUUCAUAAUGAAUUUGUCGGUAUCGGACUUGAUGUUCUGCUGCUUCAAUCUACCCUUGGCAACCUCGACGUUUUGGCACAGUUCUUGGCUACAUGGAAAACUUCUGUGCCGUUUAUUUCCAUUGUUGAGAUACAGUUUGGUAGCCGUCAGCAUAUUCACCGUGUUGGCCAUCACCAUUAAUCGAUACGUGAUGAUCGGACAUCCGAGACUCUACCCGAAGAUCUAUACACCAAAAUAUUUGGCGUUGAUGGUCGUCGCCAUAUGGACAUUCGGCUUCGGAGCGCUGGUGGCAACUUGGUUCGGUGUUUGGGGUAGGUUUGGACUGGAUCCUGUGAUAGGAUCUUGUUCGAUACUGCCGGACGUCCACGGCAGAAGCCCCAAGGAGUUUCUCUUCAUCAUCGCCUUCCUCACGCCCUGCAUCGCCAUCAUAGUUUGCUACGCGAGGAUAUUUUACAUAGUUAGAAAAACCGCUCUGAGGAGCAGGAGGAACAAGGUAAACAGGGACAUAGUUAACAAAGGUAAUUUGGAGGUCAGGUUCACGAAGGGAAACCACUUCGAAGACUCCGCGAUCGGCUCGAGCUGCAUAGCGACUCUGACGACAACCGAAAAUGGGAAUUCCCCGACCAGACGGGACAACAAAAGCAACAAUUUCGUCGACAAGAUCAACGCCCCCAGACUGACCAGCAGCUGUUCGAACAGCUGUCAGAAUAUAAGGCUCGAAAAUCCCUACAGAAGAUCAUCGGUUAAUUCGGCGGAUCGCGUCAGACUGCACAGGGAGAACGUGGAGAACGGUAAGAGGUCCUCGACGAAAGGGGAGAGGAGAAGUUCGUCGGACGUCUACAAUCUGGCGACGGUCAGCAGCAACGAUAUCAACGAAAACGACCACCGGAAGAAAUUGGAUUCCGAAAAAUCGAACUCCGGAGCAAACGAACGGUUCAAGGACGACGAGAUUCCGUUCAUGGACUGCAACAACGUUCAGACGAAGAACGAGGAACUCGUCAGGCCCUGGAUCGUCAACGACAAACGGGAUGAGGAGGGGGGUGAGGAAUCCGGCGAUAAUUCGGCGAUUAAAUUCGCGGAGAUGAACUCCAGGCCGCAGAUAAGGUUCGAGGAGGUAUACGUCGAGGGGACGAACGAGGAUGGGAGAAUAUUCGACACCGAGACCGUAGGAGGUGGACUGCGAGGCGGCGUCGCCAGACGCGAUCAGAGAGGCAGAUUCGAGGAGAACAGUUUGCAGGUACCGAGGAGGUUCGAGGGGGUUGAAAAUUCGGCGGAGAGUUUGCUAGCCUCGCAGAUAUCUCGUUACGACGAAAUAUCCGAAGAUUUCGUCAGCUCCAGAUCGGACUCACCUACGGACAAGAGGUCCGGCAAGAAGAACAAGAUAUUCAGGAGGGAGUCGAGAUUCAGAAGCGUGAGAACCAGGCAAUUCGAAACCGGUAAACUCACGGCGAAAGAUAAAAAAUUGUUGAAAAUGAUUUUGGUCAUAUUGGCUUCGUUUCUGAUAUGUUACUUACCGAUAACUCUGACUAAAACUUUUAAGGACACCAUGGACUGGAGGGGACUCAACAUAGCCGGUUACAUUCUUAUAUAUCUUACCACUUGUAUCAAUCCGGUUGUUUACGUCGUCAUGAGUUCCGAAUACAGGAGUGCUUACAAAAAUGUACUUUUAUGUCGUAGCGAUUCCGUGAAUUCUGGUAGAAUUAAUAACAACGUCAAUAACCCGACAACGAAUCGAGAGAGAAAAAAAAACAAUACAUUAGUCGUGUAAGUAUGAAUGAAUUUUGAAAAAAAAAAACUCAUAACGAAAAAUGCUAUAUAUAUACAUACACCUAUUGGAUGUUAUAUAAAAUAAUAUAUAACCCUAGAUAAUUAUUGCAGUGGUGUUUGGAUGUAAAUUUCCAAAUGAUUUGUCAGUUCCUUAUUAUUUGCAAUUUUUUUUUUUUUUUUUUUUAAUGUCAUUCUCAAGUCACUGAUUUUCUAAGAUAUGUAACAUUCUCUUUAGACGCGUUCAAAUUUUAUAAUGAUGACGAAACGAGGAUUUUUUUUUU